AUGAGUAGACAGGACAGCAAGGUAUUCGUCGGCGGCAUCAGCUGGGAGACGACCGGCGACCGCCUGCGCCAGUACUUUGAGAACUUUGGCGAGGUGACGGAGGCUUUCGUUUCGCACGACCGGCACACGGGCCGCCCGAGGGGCUUCGGGUUCGUCAUCUUUCGCGACCCGAGCGUCGCCGACCGCGUCGUGGAGUGCCAGCACACCAUAGAUAGGCGACAGGUUGAGGCGAAGAAAGCGCUCCCGCGCUCCCUCGACGGCUCCGCGCCCUCCCCGCUCGGGAGCCAGCGCCGAGGCAGCCCAGAGGAGAGCGGCCCCUCGACGCCGAACGACUCGCGCCUCCCGGCCGCCCCGGGCGAGGGCGACCCGCGCCGGCGGAAGAUCUUCGUCGGCGGCCUGCCCCCGAGCGCCAACGAGAAGGUCUUCCGCGAGUACUUUGCACAGUUUGGCGAGGUCAGCGACGUGGUGGUCUCGUACGACCCGGGGAGCAACCGCCACCGCGGCUUCGGGUUCGUCACCUUCCGCAGCGAGGCCGCCGUCGACUGCGUCUUCUCGUACGGCUGCAUCCACGUGCUCUGCGGGAAGCAGGUCCAGAUCAAGCCCGCCGUGCCGCGCAGCGAGAUGCUCCUGCAGCAGCAGCGCCUCAACGCGGCCGCGGCCGGCGGCGCGCCACGCGCGGGCGUCGUGGCGCCGGGCGUCCCGGGCAACGGCUUCGGUAUGCUGCUCGGCGCCGGCGGCGUGUCGAUGGAGUCGAUCUCGGCCCUGCUGUCGUCCAUCGGCGGCGGCGUCGGCGCAGAGGCGCACGCGCAGCACGCGAUGCCGAUGUUCGGCGCGCCGCCGCAGGGCCCGGACAGCGAUCUCUCGCGCGUCGCGCAGGCCCAGGCCGCGGCGGCCGCCGCCGCGGCAGCGCUCAACGCCACGGCGCCCAUGCCGUCGGGGUUCGACCUCGGCCCGGGCGUGCCGCCCCCGCCGUUCCCGGUGAUGACGGCCGCCGCGAUCCACGCGCUGUCGGGCGACGCGGACGCCGCGGCGCGCAUGAGCGCCGCCAACUGGUAUGCCGCGCAGGCGCAGCACCAGCACCCCAUGCCGACGCAGGCGCAGUUCGCGGCCGCGCACCGGGCGCCGCUGGCGCCGUCGUUCCCGCAGGGCAGCCUCGGGGCCGUGCCGGGCUUCGUCGGGGCGUCGACGCCGCUCCCGGAGCUCGGCGGCCCCCCCCAGGGCGUGCUUCCGCAGCGGGUGUCGACGCCCGGGCAGAGCACGCGCUCCGGACCGGCGCUGCCGGCCACGGCCCCGCCGCUCCUGUCGGACACGCAGCGGGCGCUCGGGCUGGGCCCGACGCCGGGCACCAGCAGCAGCGACUGCAGCCGCGGCGACAGCGGCGCCCCGGCCCACGCCACGACGAACGAGGGCGGCCUGCAGCUCGAGCAGACGUCGAGCGGCUACGACUCGGGCUCGCGCGGGCACGCGCAGGUGCCGCCGCGCGGUCCGCCGCGGUACGGCGGGCCCAUGGCGGGCUUCCCCGUCACGUGCCCGCCCGGCCACGGGCUGCCCGGCACGCGCGACCUGCAGCAGCCGCUGUCGAUGCAGGCGGCGAACUCGCGCAAGUCGUCCCCGCUCGGCCUCGUCACCAUGCCCGUGCCCAGCGCCGCCGGCGUGCCCGUGGCGACCAAGAACGCCCGCCCGGCGUACCAGUCGGACCGCACGCUCGGCUCGUCGGGCACGUGGUCGAACGCCGCGGCGUCGGGCGCGCCCUCGGACGACUCCGGGAGCGGCGAGAUGAUGCAGGUGGACGACCCCGCCGCCAACGGCGCGGACGACGCGUUCCAGGCCUCGCUGGUGCACGACCUCGCCGCGGGGCUGGACGCGUGGAUCAGCGCCGGCGGCCUCGCCACCAGCGCCAUGUCGCCGUUCCUGUCGGGCCGCGCGGGGCCGGCGCUGCUGGAAUCGGUGCGCGCCACUGGGCGCGGCACCGGCGACGGCAGCGCGCUGGCGGAGCUGGACGCCGCGGGCGACGAGUUCUGA